AUGAAAGCUUUAUCGUUGUGGCUAUCCCUGGCCACCGCCUCAAUCACCAUCCCGCUCUCCCCCGUCGCGCCACUACCGUUGACAGGCACCAUCGCGACUUCAGUAAAGGACCUCUUCAGGAGAAGUUGUCCCGAAGAAGUAGCGUACUCUGUACCCUACACCCCUUCACUACUCGCAUCAAGUUUUGAAGAUGUAGCGCAUGUGUAUCCGAGCUCGGGGGGUUUCAUACGAGGUGCUGUAGAAGCAUGGGCUCAGCACCAACAUCUCAUACUAAGACCUGGUGAAGUCUGGUUUGAAGUUUUAUCGCAGAUGAAUCUUUACAUGAGUGCCAACUCUGAAAAGUUAAGAGAUAAAUUUGUGGAGUUUGAUGGACGAGAAAAGAUUGUUGUUGAGGGUGAUAGUUGGGAGAGUAUGAUAACUUCUUUUGGAGAUGAGUUGAAUAACCGUGUUAAAACAAAGUGGUUAAAAGAUUGGAUCCUACCAAACUUUAGUACAUCAACACCUCAAGACGAUGUUACCGCCACAAUUUUAAUGAUGGGGUUGAUGAAGAAUUUUUUCGACUUUGAGGGGAUGUUAGUUUGUGGGAUACCGAGCGUUACCUUGCUCGGUGAACGAGAAGAUUGGGUUAAGCUACAAAGCAAGCUGGGCCGUCUUUAUGAGUUUGGUCCGGAUGCUGGGUUAUUUGCUGAUGCGUUGAAGCCGAUUAUGAAACGGUUUGUAAGUUCCUGGGAUGCUGAUGGGGAUGGGGUUGGGGAGACAAGGGAGUUUUGGGAACAGAUUGUUAGAGCCAAGAAGAAGUGGUCUUGUGGGGAGGGUGCUUCGGAGUGGGAUGUCAGUGGAUGGAUUACAGCCUUCCAGUUCUUUGAACGAGAUGGCAAACGGCGAGGUUUCGAUCCAUGGGCCGAAGAUGAAGAAGAAGAGAAGGAGGAGGUUAAGAUGGGUAUAUUUCCCAACGACUGGAACAUCAUCAUCGACGGCCAAAGCUACCUCCCCGUAUCACUUUCGGACAUGUCAACAGGCUACGCAAAAGCACCGCUGAAGAUGAAGGGAUAUCCUCAGGCUGGCGUUGAUACAGAUGCUUACCUACUCGCUGGGAAUAUUGGAGUAGAGAGGGUAGAGGAGGAGGAUAGGGUUGAGGCGAGACCUGUUAGUGGGUGGUUUCUUUAUGGGCCUGUCGAUACGAAUUAUACUGUUGGUCCGUUCUUUGGAAGUGGGAGUGAGAUGGAGGGGAUUGCUGUUGGUAUUGCGGUUUGUAAAGAUGCUGCUGUUAUGGAGAGUGGUAAAACUGGUAGUGGUGAGGGGGAAGAAGUGAAGGAUUUAUAA